CUUCGAGUUGAGAUAAGACAAGGAGCGCACAGGAGAAGCCUCUCACUGGGACUGCUGCUCCCUUUGUCUCACCAUGGACCUGCCAUCCUUACUGCUGUGUAUACUGGUGGAGUUACUGGCUGUGAAUUGUUUAGACAUGGCAGAGGAGCGAAUAGUGGGCGGAUACGCACCAGUCCCACAUUCAAUCAAGUACAUUGUGUCGCUACAGACCCCGGACCGCCAGCACAUCUGCGGGGGCACCUUGAUAAACAAGUACUGGGUGAUCACAGCGGCGCACUGUAACAUCGGGGUCGACAAAAUGAUGGUAGUAGCAGGAGACUACUCUCUGAGCAUCUACGAGGGCACAGAGCAGGAAAUCCUGCCCCAGCUUCUGGUGCCCCACCCUGAGCACGACGCCCUCAACAACAACAAUGACAUUAUGCUUGUUAAGGCACAGGCUCCGGUCCAUCUGAACAGCUACGUCUCCAUCGCUCUGCUGCCCAAGCAGGACGCCUCUGUAGCGGAGGGACGGAUGUGCCGGGUGUCGGGUUGGGGAUACACCAGCCCGAGCGGAGGCCAGAUCCCCUCAACCCUCCGCACCGUCACGAUCCCUGUCGUCUCCACGGAGAAGUGCAACAGCACGGAGUCCUUUUCCGGUACCAUCACAGAAACCAUGCUCUGUGCUGGUUUCAGCAAUGGUGGAAAAGAUGCCUGCAUGGGGGACUCCGGGGGUCCACUGGUGUGUGAAGGGCGGCUCUACGGCGUGGUGUCCUGGGGGAGAGGGUGUGCCGAGGCCGGGUUUCCUGGAGUCUACACUGCCGUGUCCAAGUACCGCAGGUGGAUAGACGAGACCAUCUCCAGCUACCAAGGCCGGUGUGACAACAAUUAAGACGCAUCGUUGAAGAGACAAAGACAAAACACUCGGCAGAGACUGGAGGCUCUUCGGCUUGAUUUGAUGUGUGUCGUAUGUUCUCUUCAGCGUUUGUGCACGUUUGAUUCUAUGUUCAUGCGCUGAAGGAAUCGUUGAAACAUUUUUGGGAAACACAAUAAUUCACGUUCACACACAAGAGAUGAAUGAGAAAGUCGGGACCACUCGAUCAGCUAGCAGAGGUUUAGCGUAGCUUAGCAUAAGUCAGGAAACAGCUUAUAAGAUCCCGACCAGCAGCUCUGUAACAUGCAAAUUAAAUUACCACAUGGAAUUUGUUCUAUAGUUUAAAACCCAAAGUGACGACUUGACCAAAAGUGUUGUAUGAACUCUGCCUCCUCCAUGUUAGUGGAUUAGUCAAACCUAAACGUAACGUACACGUGAAUUAGAUAGUUUCUGUUAUUUUAGGUUUUAUCAAGUGAUAAUUAGUCUGUAUAGUUUGGUUUUAAUUAGUCUGAUGAUAUAAAAGCGCAAGAUGCCGGUCAAGCAUUUUGGUCUCACUUUUGUACAGUUUACUUUGUCUAUGAUAAAAACAUUUUAUGACGAUUUAUGACUACAGGGUCAUACCGGUGCUAAGCUAAGCUAACUCUCCUUCUCCAAAUGGAAUCAACUUUCUCGUCUUUGUUUUGUUCCAAAAAGUGAAAAAGCUAAUUUCCCAUCUUGUCCAACGAUUCCUUCAGGUUCACAAGCUUGAAUAUUUAUCAUUUUCCGUUGUUCAUCUAUUUAAAACAUUUAAAUAACAAAACAUGAUGCUUAAUCUUAAACAGGGUAUAUAUUGACCACAUUACCACAACAUCAGGACAGAGGUGCCAAAUCGCUGCUUCAAGUGUUCACAAUCAGAGCACUCACAAAGAACCUGGUCCAACUGGUGCUCCCACUGCAAUCAUUUGAGUCCAGUACAUUCAUCCAGUACAGUACAAAUGUAUUCUCGUAAUAUUACAACUUAAUUCUUAAAAUCUCAAUUUUAUCAACUGACUCUCUUGCAUAUGUAUAUC